AUGGAAUUAGUCAGGCAACUUGCCGGUCUUUCUGUUUCGAAUGUUCGACAAUUUCGUGAUGAUGAUUCAUAUGUCGAUCGACUCAAUCAUCGAUAUACAACAACAUUAUGUGUUGUCUUUGCUAUUCUUGUUACUACAAAACAAUAUGCCGGCGAUCCAAUUGAUUGUUGGGUGCCAGCUCAAUUUAAACCCUCGUAUGAAGCAUAUACAGAUAGUUAUUGUUGGAUUGCAAAUACCUAUUAUAUUCCAAUUGAUCAAGAAUUACCUGAUGAUGAACAAGGACGACGAAAUAAAGACAUUCUUUAUUAUCAAUGGGUACCAUUCAUAUUACUCUUUCAAGCUUUUCUAUUUUAUUUUCCUCGUGUUGUUUGGCGUACACUUAAUAUGAAAUCAGGUCUUGAUUUAGUUAAUCUAGUUGAUGCAGCUAUUAAAUAUGAACAAGUAGAACAGUAUGAAUCUCGAGAUCGUAUUAUGAGUUAUAUUAUUAUUAAUAUUGAACGUUACAUAUCAGCACGUGCUCAUUUAACACGACGACAUAUUGAAAAACAUUAUUCGUGUAUUCGUCGAUUUUUUCAAUUAUUUUUAUUUUGUUCAAGUCGUCAUUAUGGAAAUUAUCUUGUUAUUGUCUAUUUUCUUGUUAAAUUAUUAUGGCUUGUGAAUACUUUAGCACAAUUAUUUUUAUUAAAUGCUUUUUUAGGAAAUGAAUAUUAUUUAUUUGGUUUUGAAGUUAUUGAACAAUUAUUUAAAAAUCAACGUUGGACUGAAAAUAGACAUUUUCCUAAAGUGACAUAUUGGUAUGUAUGA